UCUUUUUAGCCACACCGCUGAACUAGUGCGAUAAGUUGAUGCGAGACAAAUAUAUAUUUUCUCACUUCAACUUAUUCCAUCAGUUCAGCAGUUCAGCUAAAAGUAACAGGCUACAUAUGUAUUGUAGCAGUAGUGUUUUUUUAACUCCUCUGCUAUUUCGUGGUACAGAUAUUAUAUUUUUAAACAUAUAUUUUUUCUAAUCCAGGAGUUGUUGCUCGUACAAGUACAUAGUAUCAUUGCAUACACAUGAAUUUGUAUCGGAGUACACGCGUUAGUAGUUUAGUACACACGAAUCUCUGAUCUGAAUUUAGAAUUGUGAUUAAAUUAUGUGAGUGCAUUGAUGUGCAUAUAAACAAACGUGCAACAAUGGAAGUUACUAUUUUGAAUUUCCGAGAUGUGCUGUCCGAGUUGGAUAAUGACUUGAAGCGUGCUACUUUUAUCUGUAUCGAUACUGAAUUCACAGGUCUUAAUUCAGGCCCAGAAACUGGUCCCUUUGAUACACCGGCUGAAUAUUAUACCAAGCUCAGGAUGGGAUCCAUGAAUUUUCUUCUUGUGCAGUUUGGCUUAUCUUUGUUUACGUACAACUCAGAAACAAAGAAAUAUUCUCAGCGAUCUUAUACUUUCUAUGUAUUUCCUAAGCCAAUGAAUUGCCAGGCACCAGAUUGCAGGUUUAUGUGCCAAGCAUCUUCAAUGGUCUUUCUGGCGAAUCAAAACUUUGAUUUUAAUAAACUGUUUAAGUAUGGCAUACCGUAUCUUAAUAUAAAUGAAGAAAAAAAACUUAUCAAACUUAUGGAGGAGAAACAAAAACAAAGAGAGGCUAUGAGAAGUUACCAUGAUGCGGUAACUUCAAUAACUUCAGACAAUGACAAACUUCAAAUUGAAGAGAUAUGUUCGAAAAUAAAGGAUUUCCUUGCUUCGGACAAAGAAGAGCUCACAAUAGAGAGAUGCAAUAGUUUUAUAAGAAGACUUGUACACCAAGAAGCAAAGACGAGGUGGCCUGACAAAGUGAGAGUGGAAAGUAAAAUUGAAGAUACUUUUUACAGGAAUUGUCUUUUGGUACAAAAAGUAGGUACUAAGGAACAAGAAGAGGAGAAAGAAAAUCAAAGACGUGAAAAGGAGAAAUUGGAAUUUGAACAGGCUGUAGGAAUCAGCAACCUUCUGAAGAAAAUUAUAAGUUCUGGAAAACCAAUAGUCGGUCAUAACAUGUUGUUAGAUCUGUGUCAUAUCAUACAUCAAUUUGUUACACCUUUGCCAGUGGACUAUUUGGAAUUUAAAGAUUUGGUUCAUAACUUAUUUCCUAGAUUAUUGGAUACAAAAGUCAUCUGUCAAUCGCAGCCAUUUAAAGACCAUGUAUCAUCAUCGAAUCUGAACAUGUUGUUGGAGAUUGUGAGCAAGCCACCUUUUUCUAUUCCUGACGUGGAAUCUGUAGAAGGACGCAGUUAUUCGAUCACAACCGAAAAAUUACACGAAGCAGGAUAUGACGCAUACAUCACCGGGUUAUGUUUCAUUGCAUUAUCUAAUUAUCUCGGAACAAUAACAGAACCUGAGAAUGCCGUAACAUUACCAGAUUUUUCUUCGCUAAAUCCCUUUCUAAACAAACUUCCUAUAGGGAGACUGAAGGAUGUUCCUUAUGUGAAUUUAGUAGGAAAAGAUCCAAAUCCCAGUCGAGAUCAUGUAUUCCACAUAACAUUUCCCAAGGAGUGGAAAAAGACGGAUAUAAAUAAACUUUUUAGUCCAUAUGGUGGUGUACAUAUUUCGUGGUUAACGGAUACAACCGCGUAUGUUGCUUUAUUCCGGAGAGAAAAUGUCGGCGCCGUAAUGAGUGCUCUGUCUAAAGAGACUGUUUGUACGAUAAAAAAAUAUUUGGAUCAUAAAGCUAGUUUAAACGCCAGCGGUGUUUGUUCUGAGGAUCGUAAGCGGAAGUUAUCAGUUGGGAACGCGGACAAGCCCGGCAAUGGUGCGAUAUCAAUCCUGUCAUCAUUACCGACCUCAGCAGCGCAUUGCUCCCUCUCGACAUCCACAGAGAUAUCCGAUGAGGGAUGGGAAGUCGCUACAGGGAAGCGGCGUAAGAAACGCAAGGAGCAAAACGUAACCAACGCCGAAGUGAUCAACAAGAGGGCUUUCACGGAAAACGAUGUAUGGGAUUAAUUUUCAGCGUGCAGUCAUACGAACGUGUAUACACAAAAUUUUCUCACGUGGAAAAUACAAGGAUAUGAGUGUGUAUCAGUAAGAUUUGCAACAAAUCAAACACAAAAUUGAAAUACAUACAUAUGUAUCUGAAUUUUAUUUUGCCAGAUUUUCAUGCGAUUAUUAAAUAUAUGACUAUGUAUAA